CGCGCACCGCGGAGCAGCAGGCGGCCGCGGCCCUCUCGCCCUUGGCUCUCGGCUCCUGGGCAAUUACGUGGCGGGCGGGUGCGUUGGUCUCGGCCGCAUGCUCCACGGAAGGCCUCCGAGCGCAGACCCGGGACUCCCCUGGAGAAGAGACGCAUGCAUAGAUGAGACCAUGUACAACUGGAAACGGCCCACCUGGCUGCUGUCUCCCCUCCAUCUUGAGCGCCACCUACGGCAGAGAGCUGGAGAAGGUUCCAGAGAAAGGAGACACUGGUUUGGCCAAGAUGGAGAGCAGAUACGAUGCUAAACACGGUGAUUUUCUGGAAUCUAAGGGAUGCUUUGCCAGUACGCCAUCCCUUGGCAAAAGGGUCAGUUUCUCAUCUUCUGUUGAAACGAGUUCAAGUGCCAAUGAGCCUCUGGGCCUCCCCAGCCUGUCUGCUCACCUAGACACUGCUGCAGAUUUGGAUCAGAAAUCCUCCCCCUCCUCACAUUCUGAUCACUCCUCUGAAACCUCAUUGCCUGAAGUCCAAAAGGAUACAUAUCCCAAGGAAUUCAGCCUGCUUAGGUUGCAGACAAAAGACGGGCAGCGUCCAGAGUGGACAUUUUACCCGAGGUUUAGCAGCAAUAUCCACACCUACCAUGUUGGAAAGCAGUGCUUCUUUAAUGGGGUCUUCCUCGGCAACAGGAGGACUGUAGCAGAGAGUACGGUGGACAAGAGCUUGGGGAGAAAGAAAUACGGUAUUGAUCCCAGGAACGGAAUCCCAAAAUUAACUCCAGGGGACAAUCCAUAUAUGUACCCAGAGCAGAGUAAAGGCUUCUACAAAGCAGGAGCAACCCUCCCACCAGUGAAUUUUUCAGUAGUGCCUUAUGAAAAGAAAUUUGAUACAUUUAUUCCACUUGAGCCUCUUCCACAAAUUCCCAACUUGCCUUUCUGGGUGAAGGAGAAGGCCAACAGUUUGCAGAAUGAGAUAAGAGAAGUUGAGGAGCUUGAAGAUUGGCAGCCAUCAGUGCCCUUAACACACGUCGCAUUCCCCUCUGGUGUGUUAAAGAGCUUUCAAAGAAUAGCAUAAAAACUGGAGGAGCACAGAAGAACAGGCUUUGAGAGGCUUCUCGGUGGAAAGGAGGGCAGGCAAAGCCUCUCUGGGAACUGAUGUGUCUUCUGGCCCAAGGUGGCCCCUCGGGCAGAUGUCAUGGCCGUGCACCGAGGGUCUAGUGUGUUGGUUGAGAACUGUUAGUCUUGUCGUGGAACACAACCUCUAACUCCAUGCCUCUAUCCAUAGGUGCCGUGGACUUUCCAAGACAAUCCUGAACAGAAACAGGCCUCUUCCAGUUGAUGGGUUUUGACAGUGUGACUAUUCUAAAUCAAAUGUUUGACUCU